GACUUUCUUGGAAGCAAUUACUUGAGGGCAGUUCGUGCGGCACCUGCACAGUCCACAGAGGCACAAUGAAGCACUUCCUGAGGAUUCCUUCAAGCAAGAAUUGACUCUCACUAGCACAUUCAUUGAAAUUGUUCAAAAUAAGCCACUUUUCUCUCCUUAUUCCAAAAGAAGACGUCAGAUUCACAAAUUUAAGAUGAUGGAAUAGGUUUGCACUUCAGAGUUCUGUUGGAAGGGUGGUGUCUUUUGUUUUUCACAGAAUGUUCAUCCAGGUGUGCCUGUAUUUUUACUGUAAAUUUUUGUGGCGCUGCCUGAAAUUUGUAAUGAGAAAGCUAACUGGAAGAUGUGAACUGCAACGCAUCUGCUACAACACCAAGCCAGGAGCAUCUAGAACCAUGAAAAUUGAAACAUCAUUGAGGGAUUCAAAGAGUAAGCUGCUGCAGACUUCAGUGAGUGUUCACCCUGAUGCAAUUGAGAAAACUAUAGAAGAUAUCAUGGAACUGAAAAAUAUUAACCCCGACAUAAAUCCACAGUUGGGAAUCUCUCUUCAGGCUUGCCUCCUGCAAAUCGUGGGCUACAGAAACCUUAUCGCAGAUGUGGAAAAACUGCGCAGAGAGCCCUAUGAUUCUGAGAACCCUCAACAUGAGGAAAUGCUCUUGAAGUUAUGGAAAUUCUUAAAGCCCAAUACUCCCCUGGAAGCUCGGAUUUCUAAGCAAUGGUGUGAAAUUGGUUUCCAAGGUGAUGAUCCUAAAACAGAUUUUCGAGGAAUGGGACUUCUGGGGCUCUAUAAUUUGCAGUAUUUUGCAGAAAGGGACACGACAGCGGCUCAGCAGGUCCUUUCUGACUCUCUUCAUCCAAAAUGCAGUAAGUUCAGCAAAGCAGAAUGGGAGAAGAAAAGGAUGGAUAAAGCAAUUGGGUACUCCUUUGCAAUUGUGGGCAUCAAUAUCACCGACCUGGCCUAUAAUCUUCUGGUGAGCGGAGCUCUAAAAACCCACUUCUACAACAUUGCCCCAGAAGCUCCAACCUUGUCUCACUUUCAGCAAACAUUCUGCUACUUGAUGCACGAAUUUCACAAGUUUUGGAUUGAAGAGGACCCCAUGGACAUAAUGGAAUUUAAUCGUGUGCGGGAGAAGUUUCGUAAGAGGAUCCUAAAACAGCUACAAAACCCAGACAUGGCGCUGUGCCCACAUUUCGCUGCCUCCGAAGGUUUAAUCAACAUGUAGUUCCCCCCCUUGCGCCCACCCCCUCUCCCUCCAGUGGAAUCUGGCUCAUUGUCAUGUUAGUUCUUACUUAAGCCCCAGCUCACAUUGAAUGCACGCAGUGCUUAUAUGCAUGCCUUUUGGUACAGUAUUUUCACCCCUUGGUCAUACUUCUGAGAUUCCCCAGGUACGUUAUUUCUGGAGUAGGCGUCUUCCAGUGACUGCUCACAUUGUGGCGUUUGACAGUGUUACAUCUCGCCUUGACACCCAGGAAUGGAGUUUUCCAUUUUUUUUUUAGAUUGUUUUUCUUCCUCCCUCUUAAUUCAACAUUACAGACUUCCUUUUCCUAGCUGUAUUUUGUAUGUAAGAAGUAUAGCCCGAAAUUUGUUCUGUGAGAGCCUUUUAAUUUAAUGAUGUGUCUCAUGACUACUGCUGCUAGCUUUUCAAGCCUGGUUCAUGCUUGGACCACAUUCUGAUAAAAUAGAAGACUUUAAAAUAAUACAGACAGACACAUGAUAAGCCAAACUCUUCCUUCAAACAUAGCUGCGCAUCAUGACCCUGUAUCAAAAUUUACAAGAAAUCACUUUAGGUAGGAGCUGUUUCUAUGUGAUCAUGACCAUGUAUCAAGACUUACAAGGAAGUCACUUUAGGUAGGAGCUGUUUUUGUGUGAAGUACCACAGAAUUAUAGCGUAACUUCAUCCCAGUAGCAAUUGUGUCUUCAUCAUCUGGAUAUCGAAUUACUUUAUUUCCAUAAUUCUACUGGCUUGGAUGUCUUCAUGUGUUUAUGAUGCCUAGAGCCCCACAAAAUAAGUCAGCAUAUUUCAAAAUCUGCAAAUCAUUUUUCACUGCCUGCCUCCUGCUGAACUCAGAGUCACCCCCAGCAUGAUUCUGAUCCAAGCAUCUUGGCUUGAUGAACUUAAACGAUGACUGGUUUGCGUUCUAUGUCAAGGGGCAAUAUUU